CUUUUCACUCGGGGAACCAACUUUGGAGCAGGUCUUCUUGCGCUUCGCGAAACAGCAGGAGAUGCUCGACUCCCUUCGAGGUCUAGGUGACUAAGUAGAUCUAACUUGAACGUCUUCAACCUUUUCAGAAAGUAGGUGCGACGCAUUGCAUCAUGAUAGAGACAUCACGCUUCGAACAUGUAAUUAUUUGCUUUAUAAACAUCGGCCAUAACCACUAUGAUAGGACACAUAGAGCAUAGUUUUAGUCCAUUGUUGAUGCAACGUCAAUCAGAGCAUAACAUGCGACGAGAAUCGCCAACUUAAUAAAGUGAGAAUCAAAACUAUCGAAACUGCUUGCAGUUCUUACACCAUCAAAAAUCUUGGUAAUAACGCAGAUGUACGUAGUACCUGAAUAGAAGUUGCAUAUUGCUCGGCAUUCGUCGCGAAAGUCGAAGUCGUAGUCGAAAGUGAUUGUUUUAUUUGUUAGUUUCGUUGUACACAACUACGAGAAUUCCAUUGCAUAUUGAAAUGAAGUGAUAGUCAUUCAAGUGAUCCAUCAUAUUGUUGCUCAGUGAUAUCCAAAGCAAUCAUUAUUCGCAUAUUCCAGUAUUCAGAGAAAUUUGCUGUCUAGGGCAAUGGACAGUUGUGACCCUUCACGAAAAUCAAAACUUAUCAGGAUGUCAGGCAUCGUGUGCAUGCCUGACGAAAGAAAAUGACCUUACCUACCGAUAUCGCCAGCUAUGUGUAUGAUAUUUCUUGAUCUACGUCAGCAAUACAACACUGUCUGAACCCGACUCCUACUCCACGGCUAAAAGAAUAUCAAC